AUGCGACUUGACUUCGGGGGUGGCCGAGUCGCUGAAGACGCUCAGCAGGUCCAGGAAGUCCUCGAAGGAGAGCGCGGCCUCGCCGGGCUCCGCCGUGGAGAAGAUGCGGCAGAGAGCCCCGAGCUCUUUUCCUACGGGCCGGAGGAGCUGGUGCUGCGCGGGGUGGAGUGGCCGAGCGGCGGCGGCGGCGGCGCGGGGGCGGCCGUCCACCCCGCCUGGUCGCGCUUCGACCGGGCGCUGCGGGAAGGCUGGGCCGAGCGGCUGCGGCGGGGCCUGUUCCGCUACCGCCUGGGCCGGCUCCCGACGCGGCGCCUCCCGGGCAGGCUGGGGCUGGUGGCCCAGCUGAACGUCCAGCGGGCGACGGAGAGGCGGCGGCCCCAGGAGGUCCGCAGCGUCCGGCAGAGCUUCGACCCGCGGCAGUUCCACUUCGGCCAGAUCCGGCGGGAGGAGGCCCUCUUCUGCCUGCGCCGCUCCUGCCCCGGCUCGGCCCGGACCCUGGUGGCCAUCAACGUCAGCCCGCUGGAGCGGGGCCACGUGCUGCUCAUCCCCGACCCGGCGCUGGCCCUGCCGCAGGUCCUCACCGCCGAGGCCCUGCGGGCGGGGCUGGAGGCCGUGCUCCUCAGCGCCCACCCCGGCUUCCGCCUGGGCUUCAACAGCCUGGGCGCCUUUGCCUCCGUCAACCACCUGCACCUGCACGGCUUCUACCUGGACUGGGAGCUCCGGGUGGAGUCCGCGCCCGGCGAGCCCCUCCUGCCCGCAGCGGGCCUCUACCUGCUACGGGAAGCCCCGGCGCCCGCCUUCCUCUUCUACUGCGACGACGGGGCGCAGGUGGAGCUGCUGGCCCGUCGGAUCAGCCGGAUCACCGGCCACCUGACCCAGCAAGAGAUCGCCCACAACCUCUUCGCCACGCGCGGGGCCGCCCCCGAAGGCCCCCUCGGCUCCAGGGCUCGGCCCGGGAUCCGGGUGCUCCUUUGGGCGCGGAAAAGCUGCUUCGGGACCAAGGAAGAAUCGGCCUUCAACGUGGCCGUGUGUGAACUGGCGGGACACCUGCCCACCAAGACUGUCCAGGAAUACGAGGGCCUGACCGAGGCCUCCGCGCUUCACCGGAUCCAGCAAUGUCUGCUCCCCGCCAGCCAGUUCGCCCAGCUUCAGCGGGAGCUUGUGGACCUCCUCAGAGAGCGGCCUCCCUCGCCUCAAGGGCCUGCCUGACUUUCGGGUCCAGGAUGCGGAGGGUCUUCCCCAGGUGGGGCUGCUCCAGAGGAAGCCCGGCUCAGGGGGGCUUUUGCCAUGGCUGGGUUUCUACUCUGCAAGUCUUCCUGGGACACACAAAGGCCUUUCUCUAAUUUGAUUUUGCAGGCAAAACUCGUGUUGCAAAACCUCCAAGGUCCCUUAUAGGUCUGUUUUGAUUCAGAAGAUUCAAUAUUGCAACCCUUUCCUCAUUCAUCCUCAGCUUAUAUAAAAUUGUCAAAGCUAUUUUCCUGUAAUGUUAAUUCCAAUUUCUAUUUCUUCUGAUCCAGUCCUUCUCAUAUUGCAGUCUACGUUCAUUAAAUACAUUUACAGCAUACAAUUCUGUCUUUCCCCUACAAAUAAAAGAGAGCUCAUAAAAUAAAGUAUAUGAAUUUAUGAAGUAUAUAAAUGCUGCUCCAAUCCAGCAGGCCCAUGAAUGGUUUUAAACACUAUUAAUACAUUUUCUUAAUACAACCGAAAAAUGCACCCCGCGUGUAGUCCCUUUGGAGGUAAAGUAUGCUAUGCAAAAUGCAGGACCAAUGCAUCUGAACUGAUUUUUGAACAGUAUCUGGCGUCCCAUAUAUAACACAGCCCUGGGAGCGGGGAGGGGGGGGCAUAAAACAGUAAAGUUGGUCAGCAAAAGAAUUCAUGGCAGUGAAAAAGAAAUUUCAUUUGAACUAAGAUAUUGAAUCACAUCUCU